AUGGCACCAACGUCCGACUCUGCUCCUCCCGUCGACAAGCUGGCAAUGGCAGAACCCAGCAACAAUUCUGAUGUGGAUACACUAUACACCGACAACUGUGAGCGACAGCGCGAGGAGGUCCGCAUCGCCAACCCUCAGGGCAUGACCUCGUCUCAGUCGGGGGUGGAUGUCGAAAAGGCCGAGCAGGACUUCUUUGAGUUGAAUCGACAGUUCUCCAGUAUAUCGCACCAGGCGCGUCAAAUAUCCAAACAGGCAUCGCGCGUUUCCAAACCAACCGCGACGGCAGAAGAUGUCGAAAAGGCUGCGAGCUCGGCAGACUCGGAGGAGCCCUGGGAUCUUGAAAGUGCGCUGCGGGGCAAUCGUGCGGCCGAGGCAGACGCCGGGAUCAAGGAUAAGCAUAUUGGUGUGAUUUGGGACAACCUCUCGGUCCGCGGCAUGGGCGGCGUGAAAACGUUCAUCAAGACUUUCCCAGAUGCGAUUAUUGACUUCUUCAACAUCCCCGAGACAAUCAUGCACAUACUCGGCUAUGGCAACAAGGGCCAAGAGUUCAAUAUUCUGGAGGGGUUCCGCGGGCUCACGCGGCCAGGUGAGAUGGUGUUGGUGCUGGGACGCCCGGGAUCGGGCUGCACGACGUUUCUCAAGGUGAUUGCCAACCAACGCUUUGGAUACACUGGGAUUGAUGGCGAUGUGCUUUAUGGUCCUUUUAACUCUGUGACAUUCUCGAAGAGGUUUCGUGGCGAGGCUGUCUACAACCAAGAGGACGACAUCCAUGAGCCAACUUUGACCGUCAAACAAACCCUGGGGUUCGCGCUCGACACCAAGACCCCGAGGAAAAGACCACUUGGGGUGUCAAAAUCAGAGUUCAAGGAGAAGGUGGCCAAUAUGCUGCUGAGGAUGUUCAACAUUGAACAUACCGCCAACACUGUUAUUGGAAACCAGUUCAUUCGGGGCGUUUCUGGUGGUGAGCGGCGCCGAGUGAGCAUUGCGGAGAUGAUGAUUACUUCGGCAACUGUGCUGGCCUGGGACAAUAGCACUCGAGGCUUGGAUGCAUCAACAGCCCUUGACUUUGCCAAGUCUCUUCGCAUAUUGACGAAUAUCUACAAGACGACGACCUUUGUGUCUCUGUACCAGGCAUCCGAGAAUAUCUACAAGCAAUUUGACAAGGUGCUUGUGGUGGACAGUGGCCGCCAGGUAUAUUUUGGUCCAGCAUCCGAAGCGCGAGCUUACUUCGAGGAUCUGGGAUUCCGAGAAAAGCCUCGUCAGACCACCCCGGACUAUCUAACUGGAUGCACCGAUCCCUUUGAGAGAGAAUUCAAGGAUGGAAGAAGUGCCGAAAACGUGCCAUCAUCACCCGAGGCCCUGGUGGAGGCUUUCAGCCAAUCCACCUACAGCAAGAAGCUUGACGAGGAAAUGCAGUCAUACCGCAAUCAGGUCCAACAGCAAGAGCAAAUCUACGAUGACUUUGAAAUUGCAAACAGGGAGGCCAAGCGCAAAUUCACACCCAAGUCCUCUGUCUACUCGAUUCCAUUCCACCUGCAAAUCUGGGCCCUGAUGCAACGACAGUUCUUGAUCAAAUGGCAAGACAGAUUCUCUCAAACAGUGUCUUGGAUUACCUCUACCGGAGUUGCCAUUAUCCUGGGCACUGUGUGGCUGAAGCUACCCAUGACAAGCGCCGGUGCUUUCACUCGAGGUGGCCUCCUGUUUAUCAGUUUGCUGUUCAAUGGCUUCCAGGCAUUUUCUGAGCUCGCUUCAACCAUGCUGGGUCGUUCAAUCGUCAAUAAACACCGCUCUUUUACUUUCUACAGACCAAGUGCACUUUUCAUUGCACAUAUUCUGGUGGACACCACCUUUGCAGUCGCGAAAAUCCUGGUUUUCAGCAUCAUCGUAUACUUCAUGUGCGGACUUGUUCUCGACGCCGGGGCCUUUUUCACCUUUGUUCUGGUUAUUCUCACGGGGUAUGUUUGUAUGACCGUCUUCUUCAGAACGAUUGGAUGUCUCUGUCCGGAUUUCGACUAUGCCAUGAAGUUCGCGUCUGUCAUCAUCACUCUCUUCGUUUUGACCUCGGGCUAUCUCAUCCAGUGGUCCGCCUCGCAGGUGUGGCUCCGGUGGAUAUACUACAUCAAUCCCUUUGGCCUCGGUUUUGCUGCAUUGAUGGUUAAUGAAUUCAAUCGCCUCACAAUGACAUGCACCAAGGAUUCAUUGAUACCCAGUGGCCCCGGCUACGGCGAUAUUACCCAUCAGGCUUGUACGUUGGCGGGAGGGGAUCCUGGAUCGGCAAUCAUUCCGGGGUCAAAAUAUCUUGCAGCGACGUUCAGUUAUUUUUCCGGCGACCUGUGGCGAAAUUUCGGGAUUAUGCUUGCCCUGAUUGUGGGGUUCCUGGGCAUGAAUCUUUACUUUGGCGAGACCGUCCAGUUCGGGGCCGGUGGCAAGACUAUCACUUUCUACCAAAAGGAGAACAGCGAACGCAAAGAGCUGAACGAAUCUCUAAUGAAGAUAAAGGCGGGUCGGCAGUCAAAGACCGUCGAAGCAGGGGCGAAUCUCAAGAUUACUUCCAAGUCAGUGUUCACCUGGGAAGAUGUUUCUUACGAAGUACCGGUGCCCUCGGGUACUCGGCAGCUGUUGAACUCGGUGUACGGAUACGUUGAACCUGGAAAACUCACUGCAUUAAUGGGCGCAUCGGGUGCCGGGAAGACAACAUUGUUGGAUGUUUUGGCAGCGAGGAAAAACAUCGGUGUGGUCACUGGGGAUAUCCUGGUGGAUGGCGCACAGCCGGGUACUUCAUUCCAACGGGGUACCUCGUACGCAGAGCAACUGGACGUCCACGAGCCCAUGCAAACUGUGCGCGAGGCCCUGCGUUUCUCGGCAGAUCUGCGCCAACCUUUCGAGACGCCACAGUCAGAGAAGUAUGCUUAUGUGGAAGAGAUCUUGACUCUACUCGAACUGGAGAACCUGGCCGACGCUAUCAUUGGCACCCCAGAGACGGGUCUUUCAGUUGAGGAGCGAAAGCGCGUGACCAUCGGUGUCGAGCUGGCAGCGAAGCCGGAGCUUUUGCUGUUUCUGGACGAACCGACCUCUGGUCUGGACAGCCAGUCCGCGUUCAAUAUCGUGCGUUUCUUGCGCAAGCUUGCCGCAGCUGGACAGGCUAUUUUGUGUACUAUCCACCAACCGAACUCGGCUCUUUUCGAGAACUUUGAUCGUCUUUUGCUUCUGCAAAAAGGAGGUGAAUGUGUCUAUUAUGGGGACAUUGGCUUGGAUUCUCAGAUCUUGCUGGAUUACUUCCGUCGGCAUGGGGCAGACUGUCCCGCGGAUGCCAAUCCAGCUGAAUGGAUGCUGGAUGCCAUCGGUGCCGGCCAAACGCGGCGCAUUGGAGAUCGCGACUGGGGCGACAUUUGGCGCACCUCGUCGGAACUCGAGCAACUCCAACAGAAAAUCAUUGAGAUCAAGGCGGACCGGGCCCAAGCAGUCCGACAGAACCAGGACGAGGCCAAAAUCGAAAAGGAAUAUGCUUCGCCUCUCUGGCAUCAGAUCAAGGUCGUAGGCCGGCGGACCAAUCUGUCUUUCUGGCGCUCUCGCAACUAUGGAUUUACUCGGCUCUUUACCCAUGUGGUGAUUGCAUUGAUCACAGGUCUGGCUUUCUUGCAGCUUGACGACUCUCGGUCCUCGUUGCAAUAUCGAAUUUUCGUCAUCUUCAACGUGACCGUUCUUCCCGCGAUUAUCUUGCAGCAGGUUGAACCGCGAUACGAUCUCUCGCGCCUCAUUUUUUAUCGUGAAUCAGCCUCUAAGACAUAUGGUCAAUUUGCCUUUUCCCUGUCCAUGGUCAUUGCCGAGCUGCCGUACAGCAUUCUGUGUGCGGUGUGUUUCUUCCUUCCGCUGUACUACAUUCCUGGAUUUCAGUCUGCUAGCAGUCGCGCUGGCUACCAAUUCUUCAUUGUUCUCGUCACGGAGAUCUUCGCUGUCACCCUCGGCCAAAUGAUCUCAGCCCUAACCCCAAACAGCUUCAUUGCAUCCCAGCUCAACCCGCCUAUUGUCAUUAUUUUCUCUUUGUUUUGCGGUGUUGCCAUUCCCAAGCCACAAAUUCCCGGCUUCUGGCGCGCAUGGCUCUAUCAACUAGACCCAUUUACCCGCCUGAUUGGCGGUAUGGUGGUCACGGAGCUACACGGGCGCGAUGUGGUAUGCACCGAGGCCGAGUACAAUCGAUUUCAGGCCCCAUCCAACCAGUCCUGCGGUGAAUACAUGCGGCCGUUCUUUGCGCGUGGUGGUCCUGGAUAUCUGCGCGAGAGUGCGACGCAGGCCUGUGAGUACUGCGCGUACAAGAUUGGUGACCAGUUCUACUCGACGUUUGGUAUGUCCUUUGGCAACCGGUGGCGCGACCUGGGCAUUUUCAUUGCGUUUAUUGGGUCCAAUUUGAUUAUCUUGUUCCUGGCGUCUCGGUUCUUGAAUUUCAACCGCCGUUAA